AUGCACGACAACCGAACCCACCCCCUCCUCCAACAACUCCCCCUAACCGUCUCCCCCUUCGUCUCCCUCCCGUCCUCCGCCACGCUCCCCUACACCUACAAGCCCAUGCCCAGCGCCUUACCACCCUCCACAUCCGGCGUCGGCAUCGGCGUCGGCAUCGGCGUUGGCGUCAACACUUCCAGCCAAAACCACUCCUCCUCAGAAGGAAACGACCCAACAACAACAACAACAACAACAACAACAACAACAACAACAACAACAUCCACGUCCUCCUCCAACCUCAACAAGCCAAAAUACAUCAUCUCCCCCACCUCCGGCCACGCCGCCCACCCAGACGACAUCAUCGCCUCUUGCCAAGCUCUGCAAGCGCACGUCGCAAAGCUACAAUCAGACGCAGGCGCGGAACUCAAAGCUCUGGAGGAGAGGAUCAAGAAGAGGGAAUUGGCGGAGAAGAGACGGGUGGCGCCGGGGUGGCUGGAUAGUGAGGCUAGGCUGUUGGAGCCGGAGCGGAAAGGUGGGCUUUCCAAGAGAGGGAACGGGGCCAGUUUGUUGGAUGCGCAAGAUGGCGAGGGUGACGAGCAGCAAGGAGGAAAUGGGGGGAAGGAUGGGGGUAUUGCUGGGUUAACUCAACGGUUCAGCGCGCAAGGGUUCGGAUUGGGGCAGGCUGGUUAUGGAGGACAAGGAAACGGGGGGCCAACUGAGAUGGCGGUGCCAGAUCAAGGGGAGGAACUGGAUAGGACAUUUGGGGUUGUCGGGAUGGGUCAAAGAUGA